UCGCAAUUGGAUUUCCCUAGAUUGCGGCUCCGCCGCCGAGCACAACAAAAGGGUUUAACGAGGGUUUUCUUGGCCGAGAAGUUUGCCAGGGUCGCCGCCCCUGUUAUAAUGAUUCCUCGCGGAAUCUAUCAAUAAACGGCUCAAUCCGUCGCAAGAACCCCCGAGAAGAAGGAAAGCGUCGAUCUUGGUUUCUGGGGCCGUGGAUCCCCGGUGACCCAAUGUUGAAGGCGCUCUCUUCUUCCUGCUUUCAAGGGCGAUUGAGGCUUUCGGCCAGAUUUCCGUCGGCCGCUGUCAAUGUCGGCGAAGGGAGGUCGCCGCUGCUUCGUGUGCUGGGGUCCUUGACGAGCCGACGCGGUGGAAGCUCGGUUUUUUGGAGAAAGGCGUUCUUUUGCUCGGAACCUGACGAUGGUUCGGAGCCGCUCGCAGAGGCCAAGGCCGAGGAGGAAUCUGAGGCCACUGCCAACGUCGCUGCUGAAGGUGGUGGCGCAGAGGAGGCUGAUUCCAAAGCAUCAUCGGCCAUUGUUUCAAUGAAUCCACGGCCCGAGGACUACUUGUCGGUUAUAGCAUUACCACUGCCACACAGACCAUUGUUUCCUGGGUUUUAUAUGCCAAUCUACGUGAAGGAUCCCAAAUUGUUAGCGGCUUUAGUGGAAAAUCGUAAAAGAUCAGUGGCAUAUGCUGGUGCUUUUCUUCUUAAGGAUGAACCAGAAAUUGAUGUGAAUGUUGCAUCAGGAGAAACAGACAAAAGUGUUUAUGAUCUUAAGGGAAAGGAACUGUUUAAGCGUCUGCAUGAAGUUGGGACCCUCGCCCAGAUAACUAGCAUACAAGGGGAUCAAGUAGUGCUCAUAGGUCACCGGCGAUUGCGGAUCACAGAGAUGGUUGAUGAGGAACCACUUACGGUAAAAGUUGAUCAUCUAAAGGAGGAAGCAUAUAAUAAGGAUGAUGACAUUAUAAAGGCAACUGCCUUUGAAGUCAUAUCGACAUUGAGAGAUGUUCUAAAAACAAGUUCCCUUUGGAGAGAUCAUGUCCAAACAUAUACACAGCAUAUUGGUGAUUUCAAUUACCCAAGGCUAGCAGAUUUUGGAGCUGCUAUAUCUGGAGCUAACAAACUAUUGUGCCAGCAAGUUCUUGAGGAGCUAAAUGUAUACAAGCGCUUGAAGCUGACACUGGAAUUAGUCAAGAAAGAAAUGGAGAUAAGCAAAAUACAGGAAUCAAUCGCAAAAGCUAUUGAAGAAAAAGUAAGUCGCGAGCAACGACGCUAUUUGUUGACGGAGCAACUAAAAGCAAUAAAAAAGGAGCUUGGCAUGGAGAAAGAUGAUAAAACAGCACUGACUGCAAAGUUCAGGGAAAGGCUUGAACCAAAUAAAGAUAGAUGCCCUCCCGAUGUUUUGCAAGUUAUAGAAGAAGAGCUCACAAAAUUGCAGAUGUUGGAGCCUGUUUCUAGCGAGUUUAAUGUAACUCGUAAUUACCUUGAUUGGCUGACAUCACUUCCUUGGGGAAAUUACAGUACUGAAAACUUUGAUGUCCAUCGAGCUCAAAAGAUCUUGGAUGAAGAUCAUUAUGGUUUAUCAGAUGUCAAGGAGAGGAUCUUGGAAUUCAUAGCUGUUGGAAAAUUGAGAGGGGCCUCACAAGGAAAAAUUAUAUGUCUCUCUGGGCCUCCUGGAGUUGGCAAAACAAGUAUUGGCCGCUCAAUUGCACGUGCUUUAGACCGCAAGUUCUACAGGUUUUCUGUUGGAGGCUUGGCUGAUGUGGCUGAAAUCAAGGGUCAUCGCCGUACAUAUAUUGGUGCAAUGCCAGGAAAGAUGGUGCAAUGCCUAAAAAGUGUAGGAACAGCUAAUCCACUUGUUCUGAUUGAUGAAAUUGACAAGUUGGGAAGGGGACAUGCUGGUGAUCCAGCAAGUGCUUUACUGGAGCUUCUUGACCCUGAGCAAAAUAUAAAUUUUCUUGAUCACUACCUUGAUGUUCCAAUUGAUUUAUCCAAGGUUCUAUUUGUUUGCACAGCUAAUGUAACUGAGACGAUUCCAAAUCCUCUCUUGGAUAGAAUGGAGGUUAUUAGUCUUGCUGGCUAUAUCACUGACGAGAAGAUGCAUAUCGCUAGAGACUAUUUAGAGAAGACAAUUCGUGAAGCUUGUGGCAUCAAACCUGACCAAGUAGAAGUGACUGGCACUGCACUCCUCUCACUGAUCGAGAAUUACUGCCGAGAAGCUGGUGUUAGAAACCUACAAAAACAUAUUGAGAAGAUAUACCGAAAGAUAGCUUUGCAACUUGUCCGCCGAGGAUUGUCCAAUGAACCAGAGGUUGAUUCUCAAAAAAUAGACCUCCAAGAGUCAAGCAGUACAUCUGAAGAGGCAGUUGAAAUUGUUGGAGAUGGUCAAAUCGGCAAAAAUAUAGAUGCAUCUGCCUCAAGUGUACAAGCAAAUGAAAUUGUGUCUGAAGAAACGGAACAUGCAACUUCUCAUGAUGCUGCUGUUGAAUCUUCAGAAGAGCCUGAGCAGGUGGCGAAUAAAGGAACAAACAAUGUUGGCGAAGCAGUUGGCAGUGAUGUUGAUAAAGUUGUCAUUGAUGUGUCAAACCUGGUUGAUUUUGUGGGAAAACCUGUAUUUCAUGCUGAACGGAUAUAUGAUCAGACACCAGUAGGAGUUGUUAUGGGUCUAGCAUGGAAUGCUUUGGGUGGCUCAACAUUGUACAUUGAGACCACACUAGUGGAGCAAGGAGAAGGAAAAUGUGCUCUUCAUCUAACAGGUCAGCUUGGAGAUGUCAUGAAGGAAAGUGCACAAAUAGCUCAUACAGUUGCCAGAGCAAUAUUACUGGAGAAAGAGCCAAAGAAUCAGUUUUUUGCGACUUCCAAGUGCCAUCUGCAUGUACCUGCAGGUGCAACUCCAAAGGAGGGGCCAAGUGCUGGGUGCACCAUGAUCACAUCAAUGUUAUCUCUUGCCUUGAACAAACCUGUCAAGAAGGACCUUGCUAUGACUGGUGAAGUCACACUGACUGGACGAAUUCUUCCGAUUGGAGGGGUGAAAGAGAAAACAAUUGCAGCAAGGAGAAGCAAUGUCAAGACGAUCAUAUUUCCUUCGGCUAACAGAAGAGAUUUUGACGAGCUCGCUGAUAAUGUGAAAGAAGGCCUUGACGUCCGCUUUGUGGAUAACUACAACCAAAUAUUAGAGCUAGCUUUUGAAAGCGAAGAUGCAAAAUAAUUGGGUACAAAGGCUUUGCAUUUGCAUCGACAUCCAUCAGAAUCUUUUUGACCUCAGGUUCUUGCAAAGUAUCGAUGUCAGUUACCAAAAGCAGUACAUCUCACAGCCACAAUCUAUUAACAUGUGCCUGAUCAAUGUGGCCUUUGGAGCUUUUAUUUGUUGCCUCAAGGAUCUUGGCACUUUGGACCUUUUUCCCAUAUAAAACCCCAAUCCAAGGGUGGGGUGUAGAUUGUAGUCAAUCAUACACAUCCAUUUUGUUGGGGUAUCAUUAUUUUACCAAAAAAGAGGCUUAUCGAACCACAUGUUCUUAUUUCGUAGGAAGAAAUUAUUCUUUGCUAAUAUAAGCUUAUUCGAACAAUUUCCAUUGCCUUUU